UUAUAACGUAACGUAAAAUAAAUGGAAAAAAGAGAAAAAUACAAUACACAAAGUGGAACGGAAUACGGUAGGGAGACGAGCGUUAAUUUUGAAUUGUCUGCCUGUCCGCCUGUUGGCAGUGCAGUGCAGAAUGUUGACCAUCCGCUGUCUGCGACUGCUGCCCGGUGGCCAGAAUCAGCUGCGUCCGCUGGCCAAACAAAUCGAUGUACCUGCCGCCCAACAGCGUUCCUUUACAGCCCUCUCCAGAGUAGUCCGUGCACGAGCACCUGCUGAUGUAAUCGCUGGAAGAGCAUGUGGCCGGCGUAUGAUCAGCGGCAAGACGGGCGCGCCCCUGACACUGCUCCUCCAUCGCUGGACGAAGCUGGCGUGGAGCAACAUGUUCGGCAAGUAUCUGCUGGUCACAAAUGUGCUGGGCUCCGGCCUGCUCAUGGUCGUGGGCGAUGUGAUUGCCCAGGAGUACGAGUAUCGCAGGGGACUGCGGCGACACGAUCGCUACGAUACGGAGCGCAUGAAGCGCAUGUUUGUGGCCGGCGCACUGCAGGGACCGAUGCACCACUACGUCUACAACUGGAUGGAUCGCAUUAUGCCGGCCAUAACGAUGAAAAACAUUGCCAAGAAGAUACUCAUCGAUCAGCUGGUCAUGUCGCCCGCCUGCAUUCUGAUAUUCUUCUACUCCAUUUGCUAUUUGGAGGGCCAAACGCUCGAGUCGACAAACACGGAACUGGUUGGGAAAUUUCCCUACAUCUAUCUGAUGGACUGGAUGACCUGGCCGGCGGCACAGUAUCUCAACUUUCGUUAUCUGGACACCAAAUAUCGCGUUACGUUCGUAAACAUCUACACGGCCGUCUACAAUGUGCUAAUGUCCUACAUGAAGCAUGACUUUGGCAUACAUUUGCCCCUGGAGCAGGAAACACAACCGUCGUUCGUUGAAUCACGCAGCGAGGUAUUAAGAGCGCCGACGGCAACAGCACCGCCAGAAGGCCCAACAAAGUCAGAAACGGACAAAACCACAGCAAAGACAGCGCGCUAAUCACCUUGGUACUUUUUGUGAUAUUGAUAAACGAAUCCACUAAAUUCUUAAGUCUACGACGACGUUGUAUAACUAUUUGUGCACCACACUUGUUGAAUAGAAAAUAAAGAGGCUAUAAGUAUUAAAAAAAAAUAAAGAGUAAACUUA